AUGGCUACCCCUAGUGUCCUCACUUUUGACGCUGAGGGUCGAGCCAUUGACUUUGAGGUCUGGGUCGACGACCUCCUGCUGUUCUUAGAGUGCGAUAGGGCAGACGGUCUCUCUCUCUUUGACCUCACCUCUGGCGCCUCUCCUGCCCCUGCUGCUGAUGCUGACGCUACUGUUCGCUCUCAGUGGGCCACACGCGAUGCUGCUGCACGUCUUGUUGUGCGUCGCCACCUGCCUACCACUGAGCGCGCGCACUUUAGCCAGUACAAGAGUGCUCAGACCUUGGACCACUUCCUCUCAGUCUGUCCCACCACUCUCACUGUUGACCUCCUAGAGAAGGCCCUCCUAGCAGCGGAGGAGAGCAUAGUCGCUGUAGGAGCCUCUCGUGGUCACCCUCGCACCCCCAUCUUUGAGGGGUGUUCCCCUUCCCCCCUUUUGCCCUCUGUCGCCUCUGCUGCUGCGGCCGACCUCGUUGGUCUUGAUUCGGUCGGUGCAGCGUCUGCACCUAGCGGGAGACGCCGCUCUGGCAAGGGCAAGGGGGGCAAGGGCGCGGGUGGAGCUAGCGGGGGUGGUGGAGGUGGCGGUGGAGGCGGCGGAGGGAGUGGGGGUGGCGGUGGGAGUGGUGGCGGGGGUGGAGGUGUUGGUGGCAGCAGUGGAGGCGGAGGCGGCGGAGGCGGUAGCGGUGGGAGCGGAGGCGGCGGUGGUGGCGGAGGUGGAGGGGGCAGCGGUGGAGGAGGUGGAGCUGGUCGGGGUGGCGCUUCGCAGCGGAGCGGCUCCGGUGGUGGUCCGCGCCAGCAGCAGCAGCGGUCUCGGGACAUCUCCCCCCCUUAG